CUUUGCUUUAGGUUUAGUUCAACUUCAAGCUAGGAGCAAAGUGACUCGGGACGGUUAGGAAGAGAGUCAGUCUGAACCGGAGUAACCCCCUGCUAACAUCUUUUUUCCUCUUACGUCGGAGGUCAACGAAUUACUCCAUCAGUGGCUGGAUCCAGAAGCCCUGCCUCUCCUCUCAUUGGACUGUACCGUGCAGCGGCUGUCAGCCCAUGUGGCGUGGCCAGGCGGAAUACAGCACAUUUAUAUUCAUCAGACAAGAAAGAAGCGCCGAGGCUGAACAUACCGGGGAGGAGCCGGCCACCGACGACACCGAGCUGAACUGCUAACCAAUUCAGAACCAGAACACGACCCGACUGGUUGGACUGAGAAGUGUCUGCAGAACACAGAAAUCCAGGAUGGAUGAGAUCGUCAUAGCGGGAAUUUCUGGCCGUUUGCCAGAGUCUGAUAACCUGGAGGAAUUUUGGGAAAACCUCAUCAAUGGUGUAGAUAUGGUGACAGAGGACGACCGACGGUGGACACCAGGUCUGUAUGGUCUUCCCAAAAGGAAUGGCAAACUAAAGGACAUUAGUCAUUUUGAUGCACCUUUCUUUGGAGUCCACCCUAAACAAGCAAAUACCAUGGACCCCCAGCUCCGUCUAAUGUUGGAGGUUGCCUAUGAGGCUAUUGUGGAUGGAGGUCUGAAUCCAGGCACCAUGCGUGGUAGCAGGACAGGGGUGUAUGUGGGAGUGAGCGGCUCUGAGGCCAGCGAGGCCUUCAGCAGAGAUCCAGAGGAGCUGUUGGGCUACAGCAUGACGGGCUGUCAGCGGGCCAUGUUGGCCAACAGACUCUCUUACUUUUUUGACUUCAAAGGCCCCAGUGUUACCAUCGAUACAGCCUGCUCCUCAAGCCUGCUGGCUUUGGAAAAUGCCUUUCAUGCAAUUCGGCAGGGCCACAUUGAUGCUGCCCUGGUGGGAGGAGUCAACUUGCUGCUCAAGCCAAAUACUUCUGUCCAGUUUAUGAAACUGGGGAUGCUCAGUCCUGAAGGGACAUGCAAGUCUUUUGACUCAUCAGGAAAUGGAUACUGCCGUUCUGAAGCUGCUGUAGCAGUACUACUGACCAAGCGAUCUGCCACAAAGAGAGUCUAUGGAACCAUCAUCAAUGCAGGCAACAAUACGGAUGGAUACAAAGAGCAAGGUGUAACAUUCCCUUCAGGUGACAUGCAGCAGACUUUGGUUCGUUCUCUCUAUCAGGAGGCAAACGUAUCCCCUGAACAAGUGGAGUACAUAGAAGCUCACGGCACUGGAACAAAGGUUGGAGACCCACAGGAGGUGAAUGGGAUCGUCAGUGUUUUCUGUCAAGCAAAACGAGAGCCCCUGCUGAUUGGCUCCACUAAAUCCAACAUGGGCCACCCAGAACCUGCUUCUGGUCUAGCUGCCCUGGCAAAGGUGGUCCUGUCUUUGGAGCGAGGAACUUGGGCUCCCAACCUGCACUUUAAAGAUCCUAAUCCUGACAUCCCUGCCCUAAGUGAUGGUCGGGUUCGAGUUGUUGACCGGCCCAUUCCUGUUCGAGGAGGCAUUGUCGGGAUCAACUCCUUCGGAUUCGGUGGCUCGAACGUUCACGUCAUCCUUCGCCCAGCUGGUAAACCAUCAAAUACGACUUUACCGAGGACGGUUCCCAGAAUGCUUCCAGCAUGUGGCCGCACAGAGGCUGCAGUGAACGCGGUCAUCCAGAAGGGGAAGGAACACAGCACCGAUGAAAGCUUCUUGUCGUUGCUAAGCCGAGUGUCAGAAAUCCCAACUGCUAGCAUGCCCUACAGAGGUUAUGCUCUUCUUGGGUCUGACAGUGACAUAAAGGAGGUGCAGAUGGUGCAAGCGUCAGCCAGACCAUUGUGGUACAUCUGCUCUGGUAUGGGAACACAGUGGGCCGGUAUGGGCCGCAGUCUCAUGCAGCUGCCGGACUUCAGAGAGUCCAUUCUGCGGUCGGAUGUUGCCCUGAAGGACACUGGCCUGGUUGUGUCUCAGCUCCUCAGUGAAGCUGUUGAUGCCACCUUUGAGGACACCGUUAAUGCCUUUGUUGGUCUUGCUGCAAUACAGAUAGCCCUAAUUGAUCUGCUCAGAAAGAUGGGUCUUCAGCCUGAUGGCAUCAUAGGCCACUCGGUGGGAGAACUGGCCUGCGGAUAUGCUGACGGCUCCUUCACCCACAGCGAGGCCAUUCUGGCUGCCUACUGGAGAGGCCACUGCAUCAAAUUCGCCAACCUGCCUGCAGGAGGCAUGGCCGCAGUUGGGUUGACCUGGGAGGAGUGCAUCAGUCAGUGUCCUAAGGGAGUCGUUCCAGCCUGUCACAAUGCCGAGGAUUCUGUUACCAUCUCAGGUCCCGAGGAAGCAGUUCGUACAUUUGUGUCUGAAUUAAAGGAGCAAGGAGUGUUUGCAAAAGAGGUCCGCAGUGCCGGUGUGGCUUUCCAUUCCUACUACAUGGCCUCCAUUGCUCCUAGCUUGCUGGCUGCUCUAAAAAAGGUAAUCAAGGAGCCACGCCAGCGCUCCCCUCGUUGGGUCAGCACCAGCAUUCCUCAGUCUGAGUGGGACUCUCCUCUGGCUAAGUACAGCUCAGCUGACUACCACGUCAACAACCUGCUGAGCCCUGUGCUGUUUCAGGAGGCCCUCAGCCUGGUGCCUGAUAAUGCUGUGGUGGUGGAGAUAGCGCCUCAUGCUCUGCUGCAGGCCAUCCUUAAGCGCAGUCUGAAGCAGUCUUGUUCAAUCCUUCCUUUAAUGAAGAGAGGUCAUCCCAACAACCUUGAGUUCUUCCUCUCAAACAUUGGCAAACUCUACAUGAAUGGGAUCAACUUGGAUCCUAAUGGCUUGUACCCAGCGGUGAGCUACCCUGUGCCAGUUGGCACCCCGAUGAUCUCUCCCAUAGUGCAGUGGGACCAUUCUCAGGCUUGGGAUAUCCCUAAAGUAGAGCAUUUUUCUAACAGCUCAGGAGGAUCUAAAUCUGCCACCAUCUAUAAUAUUGAGAUAAACCCAGAGUCAGCGGACUACUAUCUCAUUGAACACUGCAUCGAUGGACGCUACCUCUACCCAGCAACGGGUUACCUGGUGCUGGCCUGGCGCACCUUGGUCAGGAGCCGCGGGGUUGCCAUGGAAAGCACUCCUAUCAACUUUGAGGAUGUGAACAUCCACAGGGCUACAAUCCUGCCAAAGUCUGGCUCUGUUCAGUUGGAGGUGCACCUCAUGCCGGCCACCAACAAGUUUGAGGUGUCGGAGAAUGGAAACCUGGUUGUUAGUGGUAAAGUAAGCAUCCUUGAGGACGCAGACCUUCAUCCGUUUCAAGUUCCCAUAAUUCAGGAAGAUGAGAAAAUAAAUGACCCCAGUAUGAAGCUUAAGUCACAUGACGUCUACAAAGAACUGCGACUCCGUGGCUACGACUAUGGAAAAGCUUUCCAAGGCAUCUUGGAGUCCAGCAGUGAAGGGGAUAGCGGAAAGCUGCAAUGGACAGGAAACUGGGUGACCUUUUUAGACACCAUGCUGCAGAUGAUGGUGGUCGGGCUACCGGGCCGCAGUUUGCGUUUGCCGACCAGAAUCCGCUCCGUGUCCAUUGAUCCUGCUGUCCAUCUGGACAAAGUGUGCAAGCACACAGAUGAAAUGCAAGCUGUUGAUGUCCAUGUCAGCCGCUGCCUGGACAGCAUCGUUGCUGGUGGAGUGCAACUCUCUGGUCUGCACGCCACUGUGGCCCCCCGAAGACAGCAGCAGCAGAGUCCCCCCACCCUGGAGGAGUUUGUGUUUGUACCCCAUGUGAUGACAGAGUGCCUUGCAACCAGUCAGACACAUGCAGAGCAGCUGGACCUUUGCAAAGCUUUAAUUCACCAACUCCAGCUGAAGUUGGCUCCUCAUGGUGUCAAGCUGCCGGUUGUUGGCUUAGCAGGAGACUCGGCGGAUUCUCCCCCCAGUCAGGAGGUGUCUGAGCCCUGCCUGGUGCGACUGCUGAGGCUCCUUUGUGGCCUGGAGCUGAACGGAAACCUUCACUCUGAACUGGAGCAGGUGGUUGUGAAGGAGCAGGCGUGUCUGCUGCAGGACGGUCUGCUGCACGGUCUGCUGGAUGAUCCAGUCCUUCGACACUGCCUGGACAUAAGCAUUGAAAACUGUACGCCAGGGAAGAUCAAAGUCUUGGAGGCUUUUGCAAAUGAUGGCCAGCUUUUCUCUCGUGUGGUCCCCCUCCUCAACAUUCAGCCGAUGCUGGAUGUUGACUACACUGCCACAGCAACACACCUGGAUCUUCUGUCUCCCCACGAACCUGCCCUGGAGGAACUGGCCGUGGCUUCAGCCCAAUGGAACCCACUUUAUGACCCAGCCUCUGGAAAACUGGCGGCUGGGGCAGACCUGGUUGUGUGUAAUCAUGCUUGGGGCGCCCUGAGGACCAAUCCCAGACAGCUGGUGGCUAACCUGGCUUCUGGAGCCAAAGAGCGGGGAUUUGUUCUUCUCCACACCUUGCUAAAGGGCCAGAUUCUGGGAGACACUGUGGCCGUCCUCACCAGCACUACCCAGGGCAACGAUCAACAUGGCCUGCUCACACAGGCUGAGUGGGAAAAAGUGUUCUCCGAGGCCAGCCUGACCCCGGUUGCUGUCAGGAAGUCGUUUUACGGCUCUAUUCUUUUCCUGUGUCGCCGCAAGUCUCCCAGCAAACAACCCGUCUAUUUACCUGUAGACAGCAGCGACUUUCUGUGGGUGGAAAAACUCAAGGCGAUACUGGCUGAUUCAUCAGACCAUCGUGUGUGGCUGACCGCCUCUCAGGCUCACAGUGGGGUUGUGGGAAUGGUUAACUGUCUGCGGCAGGAGCCCGGUGGCAACAGAAUACGCUGCAUGUUUGUGUCCAACCUAAACGACUCCUCAGCUACACCGAGCCUCCAGCCAGGCCAGAAAUCAAUGGAAUCAGUAUUGGAGGGAGAUCUGCUGAUGAAUGUGUUCAGAGAUGGACAGUGGGGCACUUUCAGACACCAGCUCAUCUCUCACGAUCUGAAGGAAGAGCUGACUGAUUCUGCAUUCAUCAAUGUGUUGACCCGAGGUGACCUGUCCUCCCUGCGCUGGAUUGCCUCCCCUCGCCAUCGCUCUGUGUCCAGCAGCCCCACCAUGCAGACGUGUCACGUCUACUACAGCUCUCUUAACUUCAGGGAUAUAAUGCUAGCUACUGGAAAACUGCCACCAGACGCUAUCCCAGGGGACAUGGCUCUACAGCAGUGCCUGCUGGGUAUGGAGUUUUCUGGUCGUGAUCCCGCCGGUCAGCGCGUCAUGGGGCUGCUGCCUGCUAAAGGCUUGGCGACGGUUGUUGACGCGGAUAAACGAUUCCUGUGGGAAGUUCCCCUCAGCUGGACAAUGGAGCAAGCCGCCUCUGUGCCGGUGGUUUAUGCCACCGCCUAUUACUCUCUGGUGGUGCGGGGAAGGCUUCGCCCUGGUGAAAGCGUUCUGAUCCACUCAGGGUCCGGGGGCGUCGGCCAGGCUGCCAUCGCUAUAGCCCUCAGCAAGAACUGCAGAGUUUUCACUACAGUCGGCUCAGGAGAGAAGAGGGCCUACCUGCAGGAGCGCUUCCCUCAACUGUCAGCAGAAUCCUUUGCUAACUCCAGAGAUACGUCUUUUGAGCAGCAUGUUCUGCUCCACACAAAGGGCAAAGGUGUGGACGUGGUUUUAAACUCUCUGGCCGAGGAGAAGCUUCAGGCUAGUAUCCGCUGUGUAGCCCGACAUGGACGGUUCUUGGAGAUUGGAAAAUUUGACCUUUCCAACAACUCUCCACUGGGUAUGGCUUUGUUCCUAAAGAAUGUGGCCUUUCACGGUAUCCUGCUGGAUGCUCUGUUCGAAGAAGGCAACAAGGAGUGGGAGGAAGUGUCCCAGCUGUUAAAGGAAGGCAUUUUGGCAGGUGUAGUUCAGCCUCUAAGGACUACAGUUUUUAAGAGAGACGAAGUUGAGCAAGCGUUCAGAUACAUGGCCCAGGGCAAGCACAUCGGCAAAGUUGUCCUGCAGAUCCGUUCUGAGGAGACCAGCACAGCCGUUCAGCCUGCUUCCCCUCUGCUCCUUCCCGCUAUUUGUCGUACUUCCUGCCGUCCGUCACAAUCCUACAUCAUCACGGGUGGACUUGGAGGUUUUGGUCUAGAGCUUGCUCAGUGGUUGAUUGAAAGAGGAGCCUGCAAAUUGGUGUUGACAUCUAGAUCAGGCGUCAGGAAUGGUUACCAGGCAAAGCGGAUUCACGAGUGGCAGAAACAGGGCGUGAACGUGCUGGUAUCCACCAGUGAUAUCAGCUCACUGAAGGGAACUGAGAAACUGAUUGCUGAAGCGCGUGCACUGGGCCCAGUGGGCGGAGUCUUCCAUCUCGCCAUGGUGUUGAAAGAUGGCAUGUUAGAGAAUCUGACGCCUGAGCUGUUUAUUGAUGUCAACAAACCAAAAUGCGACGGCACCAUGAAUCUGGACAAAGUGACAAGAAAGUCAUGUCCAGACCUUAGUUACUUUGUGGCCUUCUCCUCAAUCAGCUGUGGCCGUGGAAAUGCUGGCCAAAGUAACUAUGGUUAUGCCAACUCAGUGAUGGAACGUGUGUGCGAAAAACGCCGCUUCGAUGGCUUGCCUGGAUUAGCAGUCCAGUGGGGUGCCAUUGGAGAUGUGGGUGUGGUGCUGGAGACAAUGGGUGGAAACGAUGCAGUGAUUGGUGGCACCCUACCGCAACGCAUCACAUCCUGCCUAGAGGUGCUGGACUUCUUGCUGCAUCAAGAGCAGCCGGUGAUGUCUAGCUUUGUGUUGGCAGAGAGGACAACAGUGAGGAGUGAGGCAGGGAAUCAGAAAGACUUGGUGGAUGCUGUAGCCCACAUUCUUGGUGUACAGGAUGUGAACUGCCUAAACGCUGAUGCGUCAUUGGGAGACUUGGGCUUGGACUCUUUGAUGGGUGUUGAAGUCCGCCAGACCCUAGAGCGGGACUAUGACAUUGUGAUGGCCAUGAGGGAAAUCCGCCAACUCACAAUUAACAAACUGCGGGAGUUGGCCAAGAACAAGGCAGAAGGAACAAACGACUGUAGCAAGACCAAAGCCACGAAGGAUGCCGCUCGCUCUGUAUUGGAGUCUGAUCUGACCCAGGUGCUAGUGGACCCCAGUGGCCCCACUGUGAUACCACUCAACAACGUUGAGAGCCAGGAGAAACCCUUGUUCCUGGUCCAUCCCAUCGAAGGCUCCAUUUCUGCAUUCAAGACGCUGGCCUCCAAGCUUAGCAUGCCUUGCUUUGGCUUGCAGUGCACCAAAGCGGCUCCCCUUGAGAGCAUCCAGUCUCUGGCAGCAUACUACGUCAACUGCAUCAGGCAGCUUCAGCCAGAUGGGCCAUACAGGAUUGGGGGCUACUCUUUUGGUGCCUGUGUAGCCUUUGAAAUGUGCUCUCAGCUUCAGACUCAGGAUCAUUGUGUGGAGAAUCUGUUCUUGUUUGAUGGCUCACACUCCUAUGUGGCAGCUUACACACAGAGCUACAGGGCCAAGCUGACUCCAGGGAAGGAGUCGGAGGCUGAAACUGAGGCCAUGUGCGCCUUCAUCCAGCAGUUCACUGGCAUUGAAUACAACAAGCUGCUGGAGAAUCUCCUUCCACUCUCAGACCUGAAGGCUCGUGUCAAGGUGGCAGUGGACCUCAUCACCUCCAGCCACACCAACAUCAGCCGGGACUUGCUUGACUUUGCAGCUUCCACCUUUUAUCACAAGCUAAAAGCCGCUGAUGGAUAUGUACCUGCAACAAAAUACCAUGGCAACGUGGCGUUACUACGGGCCAAAACCAGCAGCGAAUAUGAACAAAACCUGGGAGAGGACUAUAAGCUUAGUGAGGUUUGUGAUGGGAAGGUGUCAGUUUAUGUCAUCGAAGGGGACCAUCGCAGUCUCCUGGAGGCAGAGGGAGUGGAGUCCAUCAGCAGCAUCAUUCAGAACUCGGUGGCUGGACCACGAGUCACCCCAAAAGAGGGCUAAACAAAAAAACCUGUUCAACCACAGGCUCCCCCUUAAUACCAGUUCCCCAGCAUUCCCACAAGAUCCCACUUCUAUAGUCUUAAAUUCAGGAUUUGUAGAGUUAACCCUUAUUCAUAGUGUCAAUCUUCUGAUGAAGUUUAUCUCAAAAUGAAGGUGUAGCAAGUUGUCAAUUCUUAGUAGUGAAAAAAGUAAAUGACAGCUGUAAUCUAACACUUUGCUGCCAGCAUGUUACUACUGUAAGCUUGUUCUGUUCCAUGUUACCAUUCAUUAUUUUACUCUUAGACAAAAACAAGGUCAUACAUACCUUUAUUUCACAUCUGUUUCCAUCCUAACCCCUGGGGAAGGUAAAACGCUGACACAUUCUUCAUUCUUGUGAAUCCACCAAACACACAAUCACAUAAAACAUGGCCUAUUUUUCUUUAGAAUAUGGUUUUGGGCACCUAUUAUUAUAAAAAUGAUUAUUGGAUCAUUACAACUUUGAGAGGGAGAAAUGACCAAACUAACCUCGACAACCAGUGGAUCGGCUUUUGUGUAGAUGAGUAUAACUCUGUACCCAAAGUGACAUUCAGAUAUUGUUGAGAAACAUGGAGUUUAUACAAGAGAUGUGUAACUUUUUUUUUCUCCUCUUUUUUUAUUAACGUUCGUUCUUGUGAAAAAGAACCGUUCUUUUUUUGAGAAACCAAUGGGAAGUUGCUGGUAGACUUGUGGGACUGCAGUGAAUCCAACGAAGCUGGAUGAGCGCCUCCACUGUUAGCCAAGCAGCUCUGUGGUUCUGCACGCCAACACACAACAGUGGAAAUAUUCACAUCCUUAUUUCAACGUUGUUUUUGCUUAGUUCUGAUGGAACUAUAUGCGAGUUAGCCUGCAUUGCUGUGAUCUGAUUUGUUUACUGACUUAAAGCACUUAAAACUUCCUGUACUGUAAUUACCUUAGCUGUGUGUUUCCUUUUCUACACUGACACCAACUUUAACUCAAGCAGUCUCCCUUGGUGAAAACACUGUAACAAGCUGGGCAUGAAACACUGUGAAUGAUUAUAUGGUGUGGAUGAUGAUGAUGCAUUGUCUGUCUUGGCAACACUGCACAUCACCUCUUGUUCUGUUUCCAGCUCUCUGAGACCUCAGUGGUCAAUGAAGGGGCAGGUGACUGCAGUGAGUGAAGUAAAGAUGCUCCCUUCUAGAAAUGAUUCCAGUGUUUAAAAGAAAUGAAUAAAUAAAAGCCUCUUGGUAAGAA